UUGUAGAGUUGAGAAGCAGAGGAAGAAGAAAGAUGACUGAUUUUCAGAUGUCCAAAGUUAGACUUGGAACUCACGGGCUUGAGGUUUCAAAAUUGGGUUACGGCUGUAUGGGGCUUACUAGUAUGUACAAUUCUCUCGUCCCUGAAGAAGAUGGCAUUGCAAUAAUCAAGUAUGCAUUCAGUAAAGGAAUCACGUUCUUUGAUACAUCCGAAAUUUAUGGGGCUAACAACGCUAAUGAAAUAUUAGUGGGAAAGGCAUUAAAGCAGUUGCCUCGAGAAAAGAUCCAGUUAGCUACAAAAUUUGGAAUAGUCAAACUUGACCGUACUCAAGUUGUGGUGAAUGGUAGUGUUCAAUAUGUGCGCUCCUGUUGUGAGGCUAGCCUGAAGCGCCUUGGUGUGGACUACAUUGAUCUCUACUAUGUACAUCGGAUUGACACAUCAGUCCCUAUAGAGGAGACUAUGGGGGAACUUAAGAAAUUGGCGGAAGAGGGUAAAAUCAAAUACAUUGGUUUAUCAGAAGCAAGCUUACACACAAUAAGGAGGGCACAUGCUGUUCAUCCUAUAACUGCUUUACAAAUGGAGUAUUCCCUUUUGACUCGUGACAUUGAAGAAGAAAUAAUCCCAAUUUGCAGGGAACUUGGAAUUGCAAUAGUUCCAUAUUCCCCCACUGCUCAUGGGUUUUUUGGUGGCAAGGCAGUUGUGGAGACCGUCCCUACAAAUAGCUUCAUGCAAUCACAUCCUAGGUUUGCCGGGCAGAAUUUAGAGCACAACAUGAUAUUUUAUCUUCGAAUAAAAGAGUUGGCUAAGAAGCAUAGUUGCACCCCUGUUCAACUCGCACUUGCAUGGAUUCUUCAUCAAAGGGAUGAUAUGGUACCUAUACCUGGAACAACUAAGAUUAAAAACCUUGAUGAGAACAUUGGCGCCGUAAGAGUGAAGCUUACAGAAGAUGAUUUAAAAGAGAUUUCUGAUGCAGUGCCGAUCUUUGAUGUAGCAGGGUCUAGAAUGUUUGAAAAAGAUCAUCACACCACGUAUCAGUUUGCAGACACACCACUGCCAAAGAAUUCGAAGUGAUUAGCUUUAUAUUUUUCAAUUUUGUAUUUCAUCUUUGCAGUUUGUUGUGGCUUUGCUACGUUGUCUUAAUAAGAUUGUAAUGCUAGUGCAUCUUUUUUGCUAAGCAUUUUCAUAAUGUGAGGUGAAUGAGAU